AUGUUUGAAUUAUUCCAUUUUGGCAGGUAUCCUUCCGCAUCAAAUCUAGUAAUUCAAAAAGAUCUCUAUUUCUUAAAAGAUUCAAAUACUGAUAGUGACCCUUUUAUUUAUAUAGAUUCUAAAGAGGAUAGAAUAGAAACUAUUUCAAAAAAAAUAAAUACAUAUGCUAGUAAUGAAAGAAAUUCUUGUAUAAAUACUCUAGAAGAGCCCAUUUACGUGACAAUUGUAUUUUAGAAUCUAUCAUGUUAUAAACUAAUAUAUAUAAAGUAUAAUAGUGUUAAAAUA